AUGGCACAGUCAGACGGCGUGAGUACCUGGACCUGUACUCAGGUGGCCCGGUGGCUGCAGGAGGAGGGUUUCGAGGAAUAUGUGGAGUUGCUGUGCUCCCAGCAUCGCCUCGACGGCCUCAGCCUGCUGGCUCUGACUGAGGCCGACCUCCGGGGUCCUCCACUGAGCCUCACAGUCCUGGGGGACAUCAAACGACUGACCGUGGCCCUCUUUCGUCUCCAAAAACAGAAUCAGCCCCAGCUGGAGGAGCUGGGUCUCUGGCCUCCUGUUACUCCACCUGCUGGGCUCCCGCUGAGCGCUGUGAAGCCUGAGUGGAGCUGCGGUGCAGCCGACAGAAGGGGGCUCAACAGAGGCGAUCGCUUGUGUAACGGGACUGAGCUGCGGCUGAGGAGCAGCGUUCGAUCUGGAUCUGCGCUGCUGUGUCAAACACACUCCAAUGGAAGGUGUGAGCAGCCGCUGGCCGGUAGAUUGGACCCAGAGGUCUGGAAGACCGUCCUCAGCUCCAUAUAUGUGUUUCUAGUGUGUGGAUUCACCUCAUUUGUCAUGGUCAUUGUGCACGAGCGCGUCCCAGACAUGAGGACGUAUCCACCCCUUCCUGAUAUAUUCCUGGACAGUGUACCCAGAAUCCCUUGGGCUUUUGCAAUAGCUGAGGCGUGCGGCCUUAUAUUGUGUUAUAUGUUUAUGUUGAUCCUGCUCCUGCACAAACACAGGUCCAUUCUCUUCAGACGUCUGUGUUCUUUGAUGGGAACGGUGUUUUUGCUCCGCUGCUGCACCAUGUUUGUCACCUCGCUGUCUGUGCCUGGGCAACACCUGAUAUGUGCCAGUAAGACAUAUGGAGAUAGCUGGGGGAAAAUCCAGAGAGCGCUGGCGAUAUGGAGUGGCUUUGGCAUGACUCUGACUGGAGUCCAGACCUGUGGAGACUACAUGUUCAGUGGUCACACAGUCGUCAUCACGAUGCUCAACUUCUUUGUGACUGAAUGUGAGUACAGUGCUUCCCUGGACCUAAAAUGUGUGCUUUCCAAGGACUGA